AUGUCACACAAUAAUCGUACUAUAACAGAUAUUAAUUCAAUAAAUGUAACUCCUGAACAGAAUCAGCACGAAGCUGGAUCUUCAAAUACUGCAAAUGAUUUCAAUUUACAAAGAAUUCCUGGAUCCACUCCCACUAAUUCCCAAAAUCAGAAUGAACUAGCAAAAUGUUUUGCUUGCAAACAGUCUUUGAGGCAACAUGCUUAUACUUGCAAAGGCUGUGAACACAAAUAUCAUCCGUUUUGUAUAGAUAGUCGAGAAGAAAGUACUUUAGAGAAAGAAUAUGAAUCCUUUGUAUGUAGUUUUUGUGUCGAUUUGUUAAUACGACAAACUUUUAAGAUUAAUAAAGUCAAUAAUGAAAAUAGUGGGAGAGAUACAGCUCUUAAACAAACUUAUCCUAACAUAGUCAACAAUUUAAACCCAAUGGAAUUAGAUUUAUCCAGUGAGGAAAACUUAAGGUCAACAGGACCAAAUAGAAAUAAUCCAAAUAAAAUUUCUCAAAAUCUAAAUACAUUAAUAUCUAACAGAACUGUUACCUCUGAACAAUUCUUUUUUAAACUCCAACUUAAGAAGCUUCCCGAAGUAGUUGAUGCUGAUGUAUCAUGGAGCAUAUUUUAUGCAUCCUUUAUGGAUACUAAAGAUUUAUUUACACAUUAUGAGAAUGUUUUAAGAAUCCAAGAAGCUAUUAAGGAUACAACGGUAAAAAGAAUAGGAGGAAAAGGCUUAUUUAACUUACAGACUUAUGUAAAAUGCAUAGAAAAUGUUAAUAAUCGUUUAAAGCAAAGUAUGAAUUUUCUAACGGAUGAGGCUUAUGAAAUUGAGCAAUUUCCGCAGAUUAAAGCUGGAAAUAAACUGAAAGUCGUAGAAUAUAUAGACAAGAUUAGAAAUUUUUGUACCAUAGCAGAAGUAUAUGAUGACAAAUCUUAUUUAACUAAUCGUAGGUUUCUAGCUAACAUUGGAAAUAUUGUACCGUAUCAGUUGAGAAAUAAAUGGGAAUCUAAACAGGCAGAUUUAGAAUUUGCUCAUAUAACACCAUCUCUGGUUCAUAUGGUUGAAGUAUUUGAUAAAGAGAUUCCUAGAAUUGAAGCUAGUAUACGAAAUGAUAAAAUUCGCGUUGUAGAUAAAAAGUCGGAUAACAAUUUUCGUCCAAAAUUUGGAAAUAAAUCAUCAAGAUUUAAUAACAUGAAUUAUGAAAGCAAUGAAUUUAAAGCUAAUACUAGUAAAACACCCGUGGGAAAAUACACAAGUAACGAAAAUGAUUUUCUGUGUUGGUAUCAUAAAACCAAUGACCACACAGGAAACAGAUGUAAAGCCUUAUGGCAGAUGGAUGGCAAAUCUGUAGCUAGUUUAGCAAAAUUAAACCACAUAUGUACAUAUUGUGGUCAAAAGCAGCAUAGUCCAUGUCCUUUUAGCCAUAAGCUUAAAUGUAGAACUGAAGGUUGCGGAUUUCUACAUCAUUCACUCUUUUGUUUUAAGCGAAAAGUAGUAAGCAAGUCAAACAAUUCUAUGGAAAAAAACAGAUCUAAACCUGAUAAAAAGAAAUAUCAAUAUAAAAGUUUUAAAAGGUCUGAAGCUUCCAAUAGUAAUGAGCCUGAAAAAGAUGAUGAUUCAGAAGCUGAAUUACAGGAAAUCAUAAAAAGAUUCACCAAUAUAAAAGAUGUUAAAUAUAUGCAUGAUCCCCCAAAACAUGACAGCAAUGUCAAUAAAACUUUUAACCCACCUUCUAAAAACAAUCACAUAAAUGUCUUUAAUGGACAAAGAUCUGAAAAUAACAAUAAAUCAUCUAAUAAUGAUAAAACUCUAUUGGGUGUUAUUGUAUUGGAAUUACAAAACGGGCAACAGGCUGCCUUUCUUUUAGAUUCAGGAAGUACUGUGUCUUUAAUAGAGGAGGAGUUAGCCAAUAAGUUAGACUUAAAAGGUCCUUGGUUUCCAUUGACAUUAUUAUGGUCAGGAAAUUAUUCUAGAAGGGAGAAGUUAUCCAGAAUUGUGAAAGUCAAGGUAAAAAGCCUCAAUGAAAGUCAAAAAGAAUAUGAAUUACAUUUUAGGACAGGUUUAAAAUUAUUAGACUAUGAUAAUCUUUCAGGAGUUAUUGGAAUAGAUAAUUUAUUUGCGUUCGAUAGAUAUUUAACAAUUAAAGCAAGAGCAACUGCAAUGUCAAUACCUCCAUUUCCUCGAUUUCAAUCAUAUAACGCUCCUGUAACACCAUCCAACAGUAUCAAUGCUUUAGGAAGCGGUUAUAUGGAUUUGAGAAGUCAGUUGGACGAGAGUCGAUUAGCAAUGCAGCGCAACAAUAUAGUUAGAGGACUAGCUAAUCAAAGCAUGAUCAUUCCUGGAAGUGCUAUUGCUGAGUAUUUUAAUAUAAAAAUUUCAUUUGUUCCCAAUUCAGGCAAUAUGUAA